AAAAAAUAUGACAAGCUACUGCAAUGGAGUUCACAUUCUAAUGAUCCCAUACCCAGGAGCGGGACAUAUCCUUCCUCUUAUGGAUUUAACCCACCAGCUCCUCCGUCGUGGCUUAACAGUGACGGUCAUGGUCACACCUAAAAACCUCCAUUAUCUCAACCCUCUCCUCUCUUUACAUUCUUCUUCAAAUCUCCAAACAUUGGUGCUUCCUUUCCCUUCCCACUCUUCCAUCCCACACGGUAUCGAAAACAUGCAAGACCUCGACAUCUCUUUCGUCCACGAUUUCGCUGCUGCAUUGAGUAAGCUCCACGAUCCUAUAGUUAACUGGUUCGAAUCCCAUGUUUCUCCUCCAGUCGCGAUUGUUUCCGACAUGUUGCUUAGUUCUUGGACUCCUUCGUUAGCUUCAAACCUCGGGAUCCCCAAUGUGUGUUUCGUCUUCACCAAUGCACAUGCGGUGUGUUCAUGGUGGGUGGACCAUCUAAAUUCCAUGUCCGAUUGUUAUAGGAAACUGCAUCUCGGUUGCAUUCAAAGUUGGGGUUUGGUUUUCAACUCGUUUGAUGAGAUAGAUGAUGAAAAAAUUAACUUUAUCAAGGAAGAGAUAACCAAGCACAACCGUUUAUGGGCUGUAGGUCCUUUGCUCCCCAUUGAACGCGGACCAAGUUUCUUGGGGCAAGAUGAUCAAGUUAUUCAAUGGCUUGACUCUUGUCAUAAAGUUGACAAAUCCGUGGUCUAUGUCGGAUUUGGAACACAGAUAACAUUUUCGAAGCUACAAAUGGAGGCUGUUGCUUCAGCUUUGGAACAAAGUGCGGUUCGUUUCAUUUGGGUUGUGAAGGAACCGAUGAAAGGAGUUGGAAAUAUCGAUGAUGAUGGGAACGUGGUUCCACCAGGGUUCGAGGAUCGUGUUGCGGGGAGGGGAGUUGUGAUCAAAGGCUGGGCACCCCAAGUGGCUAUUCUUGGCCACCCUGCGGUUGGUUCGUAUUUAAGUCAUUGUAGUUGGAAUUCGGCACUCGAAGGCUUCCUUGCUGAGGUUCUAUUGCUUGCCUGGCCCAUGCAAGCUGACCAUUUCCGUAAUGCAGCUCUGUUGGUCGAUGAAUUGGGGGUUGCGGUUCGUGUUUGUGAGGGUUUAGAGACUGUCCCUGAUGCAACCAAGCUGGCUCGAACUCUCUCUGAUUCCUUGGACAUGAACAAGCCUGAGAGGGUUCAAGCCAUGAAAUUAAGGAAGAUUGCAUUAGACUCCAUUGGAGAAGGUGGAAGUUCUUACAGGGCUUUAGAUGACUUUGUAGAACAACUGUCUUAUCUCGGUGUAAGGAAAACGAGGGAAAUGUAA